UCUGCAGCCGAGCCGCGUGAAGGGCUGAACUACAUCAGCAUGGAGGCCACAAGAGGCAACGUCUCAGGGAGCAUCUUGGGGAACUCCUUGGGGAAUGUCUCGGGGAACACCUCGGACUGCCAGCCCAUUGACCUGCCCUUCACCCAUAGAUUCCUGCCCACUGUCUACAUCCUGGUCUUUAUCAUUGGCAUGACAGCCAAUGUGUUAGGCUUGCGGUCAGUCUACAGAAGCUGGAAAAAGAUGGGCAACAUCAACGUCUUCAUCCUGAACCUUGGCGUGGCAGACCUGCUCUACGUGUCCACCCUGCCGUUCCUGGUUAGCUACUAUGCAUCGGACAGCAAGUGGAGGUUCGGCCAGACGUUCUGCAAGAUCACAAGGUUCUGCUUCAACCUGAACCUCUACGGCAGCAUCGGCUUCCUCACCUGCAUCAGCCUCUAUAGGUACCUUGGGAUUGUCCACACCAUGAAGGUGAUGGGCAAGAUCAACACCAGGAUGUCGGUGGCCAUCAGCGCCCUUGUGUGGACCUUGGUCUUUAUCCAGAUCCUGCCAGACAUGUUCUUCGAUAAAUCUAAGCCGAACUCUACAGACGCCUGUUACGACACAACCACGGAUGAUUGGAUCCGAGACUACUUGCCCUACAGCAUGGGCUGGACCGUCACAGGCUUUGUGGUGCCCCUGCUGAUCAUCCUGCUCUGCUACGGCCACAUCGUGUGGGUCCUAGCCACCAGGGCCAACGUCAACACCCUGCUGAAGCAGCGCUGCCUGAAGUUGGUGGUGAUGUUGACCGUGCUCUUCUCCAUCUGCUUUAUCCCGUACCACGUCUUCAGGAACCUCAACCUCAAAACCAGGAUCCUGAAGGCGGAGGGGACGUGCCACAGGAGCUUUGACGACAUCUACGUCGCGCACCAGGUGAGCCGGGGGCUGGUGUGCAUGAACAGCGCCAUCAACCCGCUGAUCUACCUGGUGGGCAACGAUGAGUUCCUCAUGCGCCUCCAUGACAUGAGCAAGCGUGCCAGGCUGUCGCUCUUGCAGAUGUCAGGUGCCAUCAUCUACCGCCGGCCGCAGGAGAUGGACUCCGUGGCCGACACUCGACCUGGAGCUCACAACGCUGUGGAUGUUGAAAGGAACUGACUGAUGUUGACGUUGUUGGACCCAGUAAAACCAUGGAACCACAAGAAAUGAACAAGUGUGGUUCUAGUUUUGGUUCUGCUUCAGUUUGGUGAUGUUACUGCUGAUGUGGAAUGGAUUAGGAAAGGGUGGAACCAGUUGUACGUAAGUUUGGUUCUAAGGUGUUUCACUCUAGCUGUUAUCUAGCUUUAAAUUAGUUGAAGAGCAAUGAUGUAUCUACGCAACAUUAAUGUAUAGAUAAACUUAAAGACAUUUAUGUUGACGUAUUCCAACUUGCCAUCUGACAGAACAAAAGCAGCCACAGUGACAACUGAUGCCAUUAUGAAUGAAGUUCAUGUAAAAUGUUUUGUUGUCAGUUAUUGUUACUGUAAACAAUAUUAUGUACCACUAUAUUCAAAAACUAGCCUCUCUUUAAGCUUAAAAAUAGAUGGAUAGAUGCAACCACCCUCAAGUGUUACAGCUUAAAAAAUGCAUCAAACUGACCUUGUAAUCUAGACCAAUAUUGCACAUAUUACCAUUGCUCUGGAUAUUUAUUACAUAUAUUUUAUUAUCACAGAUAUUCUGGGAGUAUGUGGCUGAAUGGACUGAACUUGAACUCUGUAUAUGAAGAAUUAUUGUAAACUACUGAAUAUAAAGAGCACGGCCUAAACAGGACAACUAGGCUUAACUGAGUUUUACUUCAUCUGUAAACAAUACAAACAGGCCUAACAGACAUUAUUAUAGUUGUUUUAAUUAAGGGAAUAAAAAGUAUUGAAGGAGUAGUGAACUUCAGCUCUUUCUGGAAGUAUUGAUAGAGAUUUAUCAUCCAUUAUCACUUCAGGAAUCCAAUAACCCCCAAACUGGAGGGUUUAUACUAGGAGUGAGUGGUAAAAUGUUAUAUUGCAAUAUUUCUAAACAUUUUCAUGAUAUUUAAUAUUUUAAAUAGUACAUUUUAAAGAGUUUAUCAGAACUGGUUUGAAUUUGAACCGUACUGUGUGUACAACUGUUUUAAUUAUUAUAUUAUAAACUGUAUAAUACUACUGCUUUUCAUGUGCUACUCUUGAUGUUCGGGGCAGCCAUCUUGGCUUCUGAACUCAGGGUUGAUGCAACUCUUCUGAUUCUGACUUUCCACAUUGGAUAUUGGACUUGGCGAUGUUCCAUUUCCAGACAUUUCCUGUUUGGAACGCAGAAAUGACGACAUCCGAGUUCAAAUGGAAUGCAGCAUUUUUUCAACAUGAAACAUUCAAAACAUAUUUGCAGCCAGAAGAAGCACUAUUCCAACAGGACAAUGAUCAUCCUCAUACCAGCAGUAUAUCAAAAACUGGACUUGAAGAUACAAAGCGAUGCUAUGCCAUGGCCAGCUGUAUCACCAGAUCUGGGAUGCUGUUGGAUGAAUAAUCAAGAUUCAUACCCCUAUGGGAAAAUUGGCAGAAAAUUAAUGGAAAUAUUUGAGUUGCGUGGAAGGGAUGGCUUAUCACAGGACACCAUUAGGAGCCUCUACAACUCCAUGCUGAGACAUGUGGCAAUGUGUUGCAAUCUUACACAUGCAUCACAUAUCAGUCAAUAUUGCUCAUAUCAGUCUAAAUAGGUAAUCAUUUAUUGUUCCUGGUAACUUUUAUCUUAAACUGAAUAGCACUGCAAUCCCACAUUUUCUUCUGGGCACAGCUAUUGUAAAUACAAUGUGUAGAUAUAAAUUGUAUGCGCUUACUUGAAAGCUGUCUCUAAACAUUUAGACAAUUGUUCUCCCUGUACUCAAAUGACCAGUCAACUUCAGAACAUAAAAAACAACAGUCUAUUCCAGCUGAAGAAUUGAAUCUCGGCCUGCAUGUGAAGUGAAGUUAGUUUGCACUGUUUUAAAUGGACUCAGAGCUUCAAAUAUUGGUCUGCUCUAGAACUUAGCUCCUGAUAAGCUGGUGCUACAUUCCACACAGUUCCGAGCCGAUGGAAAAUCCUGCCCCGGGCCUGAAAGCAGCCCACUUCAGACAGUCAGAGGAAACUCAGUGAGUUAUGGUCCGAUUGUUGGCUGUAUUCUGUUCGGACUGAUUAAAUCCGAGGCCUGUGUUCUGAGAAAACAGAGGAAGGUGAAGGCAGGAGUUCCCAACAUCAAACAUUUUUCACGACCAUAUACAGAUGUUUGGCACAGACGCCACCAGUGACGCACUGAGAGUGUAAUCAGCGCAGUGGUGGGAGUUGCGGUGGGUGAAAGUAGUAUGGUGGUAAGAAGGUUCUGUGACGGGCAGGAUCUGCAGACAGGAUCUUACACCAUCAUUUAUUUUCAUUACAGCUCAAAUAUAAAGACAUUUCCUCUCUGUUUCUCAUUCUGAACCUUCUGCCACCAGAAACGUCUGCUCACAAUCAAAUCACUGGAUAAAGGAUUUCCUUUUUUAGCACAAAAUAAAUUAGCUGGUCAUUGUAACAUUUAUCAGGUCAAUUUGUUGUUAAAUUUGAAAAACUGGGUGUAAAACCUUUUUUCAUUUGAUAUAGUAAAGUAGAAAUGUGUUCAUCCAUUUUUCUCAUUUUUUUCAUUUCUGUUCCUCAGUAUUUCCAAAAAUCUGAAAAUAAAGUAAAAUUCAUUUUCAUCAAUCCUUAUAUUCAGAUUGUGAGAGACAAAAAUAAAAAAAUAUGGACUGGAAAAACAUAGUAUCUUCGAUACAAUGCAAAAUAUUUUCAACUUUUUCAAUGUUUUUCAACAGUUUUUAACUUUAUGGCGAAAUCCAGUGGUUUGCAGUGUUGCCAGUUUGGGCUCUUUCAGGACAAAAAUGUGUUUUGAUGGGUGGACAAAAGUACCCUGUGCCAAAUAUUCUAUGAUGUGGAGUUGAAUUGAAUUUAUUUUUAUUUAGUUGUCAUGUGUCAUAUUAUAAAAAUGCAUUAGGCUAAAUUGUUUAAAUGUUGUUUUUGCCAUUUUUGUUGUAUACAUAUUUAAGAUAUCAGCAGUAUUCAAGACUGUGUAGGAAUAAAUGCUGUAAUAUUGUUGAUAUGCUGAACAUUGGCUGUUGUGUUUUUGAAUGAUUCUCUUUGUAAUUUGAUGGAUUUGAAACAUGUAACAAUCUGGCAACCCUAGUGGUCAUCACUGGUUCUGUACGUUCCUCUGUCGGUUGCUUAGUAAAGAUACAUACAGUGAAUACUGGUACACAUUUAGCUGAUGUAGUAUGCUACAAUAUGUACUAUAAAUUAUGAUACGUUGUGGGAGUUUUUAGUGCCCUAAAAAUCAUUCAGAUUCAGAUUCCCUUUACAAUUCAGGCGCUUAGAAAAAACGGCCAUAGAAAACAUUCUCAACAGGGGCUGUGGCUAAAACUGAAAACAGAAACGGACAAAACAGAGAGUUUUUUAAACUGACAAAAUGUACUCUAAAUGUACCACCUAAUACAGUUUAUCCCAUUCUUAUUGGCACCUAUUGGGCACCACAUCACAUUUAAUCCACUGGUGGUGUGUCACUUCUUCAUUAGAGGAGCAGGUACCAGACCAGACACUACAUUAUAUUCUCUCCC